AUGAUCUGGAUACUCACAGCACAAAGUGUUCCACAGUCCUAUGGAAACAACAUGGUGACGAUCAUCACAGUGAUAUCUGCUGCUUUAUUGCACACAGAUCUGGAUCCUGGAAGCAAAAAAAUCAAGUAUAUCCUAUCAGGUGAUGGAGCUGGGACAAUCUUUCAAAUAAAUGAUAUAACUGGAGAUAUCCAUGCUAUAAAAAGACUUGACCGGGAGGAAAAGGCUGAGUACACGUUAACAGCUCAGGCAGUGGACUGGGAGACAAACAAACCUCUUGAGCCUCCUUCUGAGUUUAUUAUUAAAGUUCAAGACAUCAACGACAAUGCUCCAGAGUUUCUCAAUGGACCUUAUCAUGCUACUGUGCCAGAGAUGUCUAUUUUGGGUACAUCUGUCACUAAUGUAACAGCCAAGGAUGCUGAUGACCCAGUUUAUGGAAACAGUGCAAAGUUGGUUUACGGUAUCUUGGAAGGACAGCCGUAUUUUUCCAUUGAGCCUGAAACAG